AUGAUAAGAGAAAAGAGGGAAUUAUUUAGAGUUUAAAUAAGAAAGGAAAAGAAUGAACAAAUAUUCACUAAAAAAAGAACCAACAUCACUCAGCCAAUCCCCUUAGAUUUCCCAAAAGUCGAUUAUGAUCAAUUGAUUUCUAAAACAAAUCUCCCUCAAUGUUUAGAUAACAUAGACUAAUUCUUGACUUCAAAAAUGAAUAUUGAUCCUUAAAUUAUCUAGGCUCUAAUGUACAUUCAUUAUAUAAAAAAAGACCUGGAGCCUAAAUCGCUUUUGAUUUAUUAUAAUAUUUCCCAUACGAGAGCUCUAAAUUUUUAACUAAUUUCACUUAUCAUAUGAAUCGAGAAUAGAUGAUCCAAUUGUUAAGUCAAAGUCAAAUUGUGAAUCUGAAUAAUCUGCUGAAUGGCAGUUCAGAGGAAUUAAAAGAAAAUGUAAUACCAUCAUUCUUAAACUACCUUAGCUAACCAAAAUCAUAUGCAAUUUUAUAGUUGAACUAAAUUCAGAGGAAGCCUUAAAAUUGGCUCAAAGUCUGUAGCUACUAAGCAAUAUAUACUAUAGUUACACUACUCAUGGAUGCAAUGAAAGAUUAAGUAUGAAUUACCUCAGAAUCAUUGCUCACCUUUUCUUCAAUAACUAUAAAGAACAUAAUAUGGAAUACAUAUUAGAAAUAAUAGAUAACAUCUCCUAAUCCACUGUAGAUGAUGACCUUAAAUUGCAAUCUUUCAAAACGAUGAGAGCAAUUAUAGGAUCAUAUCAUAUCAACCAAUUUGAGAUUGUUAAUCAAUUUGAUAAAUUUUUAAUCAUUGAAGAUGGCUUGUCUGCUUUCAAUGCUAUCCUUUAAGAAUAGAAAGUUACAGAGUUAGGCAUAUAGGCCUUAAAAAUGUUUAAUAUAAUGCUACAAAAAAAUAAGCAAUUGAUGAAGGUAAAGCAUUUAACAUAUGAAGCUUCUUCUAGAAAAAUAUAGCCUAUUAACAUUUUAUGGUAAUGCUCUGUCUUCUAAUCUUAAUCUCGAUAAAACAAUAAUUAAAUUAAUUUAUGAAGGGUUCUAAUUAAUUAUUGAAGAUGAUAAUAAUUUUGUUUUAAAUGAGUAAGAUCUAUGUUUUGAAAAAAUUGUAACUUAAGUUUAAGUCUAUAAUAAAAAAAAUAAAGUAUACACUCUAGUUAAUUUAGGAAUUUCCAUCCAAUACUUGUAGCUUGAUUACUUAACUGUUAAAAUCUAGGUACAAAGAGUAAACCAUAAUUGAGUUCCCAAUCUUCAAAUUAAUUAGUGAAUUCUAUUAGAGUGAAAAGCAAUUGAUCACGAUAGAUGAUUAUUUGUUUAUUGCAUUUACAGUUCUAUAAACUGGCGAAAGUAUUAACUAAUUUAAUAAUUAGUGAUAUACCCAGAUCGUUAUGUUGGAGAAUUUUUAAAAUACCAAGGAGAGUCCAUUAUUUAAGACAUUUAAAAAAAUACAAAUGACUUUGAGCACAUGUAACUAAUUGAUGAAAUCAUAAAAAUGGCUGAGUAUGAUGAUGAAGUAGAUUUUUAUCAUUGAAUUUAAUAUAUUUUUAAAUGAUGUAUUUAAGCAAUAAAUGAAAUUUAAAAAUGUUUAGAUAAGGAUCUUAAAUCAUAGGUAAUAAUUAUCACUAUGAUUGAUCCUUACUUAAUUUUAAUUAUUAUUUCAUAAAUUAAAAGAAGUGUAAUAACUGAUAUUGAAAAUUGAAUUACUGAAUAAUAAAUUCAAGUAGUAUUUAGGAAAACAUAGNGAAUGGCAGUUCAGAGGAAUUAAAAGAAAAUGUAAUACCAUCAUUCUUAAACUACCUUAGCUAACCAAAAUCAUAUGCAAUUUUAUAGUUGAACUAAAUUCAGAGGAAGCCUUAAAAUUGGCUCAAAGUCUGUAGCUACUAAGCAAUAUAUACUAUAGUUACACUACUCAUGGAUGCAAUGAAAGAUUAAGUAUGAAUUACCUCAGAAUCAUUGCUCACCUUUUCUUCAAUAACUAUAAAGAACAUAAUAUGGAAUACAUAUUAGAAAUAAUAGAUAACAUCUCCUAAUCCACUGUAGAUGAUGACCUUAAAUUGCAAUCUUUCAAAACGAUGAGAGCAAUUAUAGGAUCAUAUCAUAUCAACCAAUUUGAGAUUGUUAAUCAAUUUGAUAAAUUUUUAAUCAUUGAAGAUGGCUUGUCUGCUUUCAAUGCUAUCCUUUAAGAAUAGAAAGUUACAGAGUUAGGCAUAUAGGCCUUAAAAAUGUUUAAUAUAAUGCUACAAAAAAAUAAGCAAUUGAUGAAGGUAAAGCAUUUAACAUAUGAAGCUUCUUCUAGAAAAAUAUAGCCUAUUAACAUUUUAUGGUAAUGCUCUGUCUUCUAAUCUUAAUCUCGAUAAAACAAUAAUUAAAUUAAUUUAUGAAGGGUUCUAAUUAAUUAUUGAAGAUGAUAAUAAUUUUGUUUUAAAUGAGUAAGAUCUAUGUUUUGAAAAAAUUGUAACUUAAGUUUAAGUCUAUAAUAAAAAAAAUAAAGUAUACACUCUAGUUAAUUUAGGAAUUUCCAUCCAAUACUUGUAGCUUGAUUACUUAACUGUUAAAAUCUAGGUACAAAGAGUAAACCAUAAUUGAGUUCCCAAUCUUCAAAUUAAUUAGUGAAUUCUAUUAGAGUGAAAAGCAAUUGAUCACGAUAGAUGAUUAUUUGUUUAUUGCAUUUACAGUUCUAUAAACUGGCGAAAGUAUUAACUAAUUUAAUAAUUAGUGAUAUACCCAGAUCGUUAUGUUGGAGAAUUUUUAAAAUACCAAGGAGAGUCCAUUAUUUAAGACAUUUAAAAAAAUACAAAUGACUUUGAGCACAUGUAACUAAUUGAUGAAAUCAUAAAAAUGGCUGAGUAUGAUGAUGAAGUAGAUUUUUAUCAUUGA